AAUCUCAAUUUGAAAGAGAAAGUGAGAUUAUAUAUUUAUUAUUAAAUAUAGGUUUGUAAGUGGGAAGAGUGGUGGGAAGAGUGGUGCGAAGAGGAAGUGGAAAUGGCGACGGCAACUUACUUCCUGUGUCCGUCUCCGGCGAGUUUCAAAGGCAGUGAGAUGCCGAUAGCAAGAUUCAGAUGCUGCAGCAGCAGCAGCGGAAACAGCCACAGCGUCUCGCUCAAUACUCGAACGGAGCCCCAACCCGUAACCACAUUCGUCAAAGCGUUUGCUCCCGCCACCGUCGCCAAUCUCGGUCCCGGCUUCGACUUUCUAGGUUGCGCCGUCGACGGGAUGGGGGACAUUGUCUCCGUCAGGGUCGACCCACAGGUUCACCCGGGCGAGAUACGCAUCUCCGACAUCACCGGCCACGCUCCCGACAAGCUUAUCAAAAACCCUCUAUGGAACUGCGCUGGCAUCGCCGCCAUCGAAGUCAUGAAAAUGCUCUCCAUUCGAUCCGUCGGCCUCUCGCUCUCCCUGCAGAAGGGCCUGCCUUUGGGAAGCGGUCUGGGAUCGAGCGCCGCCAGCGCCGCCGCUGCGGCCGUGGCGGUGAACGAGAUGUUUGGGAAGAGAUUGAGCGUGGAGGAUCUUGUUGUGGCGUCGUUGAAAUCGGAAGAGAAGGUUUCUGGGUAUCACGCGGACAACGUGGCCCCAUCGAUCAUGGUGGGUUUCGUGCUGAUUCAGAGCUACGAGCCGCUGCAGUUGAUAGAGCUAAUGUUUCCUGCGGAGAAGGAGCUGUAUUUCGUGCUGGUGAGUCCUGAAUUUGAAGCCCCGACGAAGAAGAUGCGGGCAGCGCUCCCCAGCGAGAUUGGGAUGGCGCACCACGUUUGGAAUUGCAGCCAGGCUGGCGCUCUGGUGGCGGCGGUGUUGAAGGGUGACGUGGUUGGUUUGGGGAAGGCUUUGUCCUCUGACAAGAUCGUUGAGCCCCGGCGUGCCCCCUUAAUUCCCGGCAUUGAGGCUGUUAAGAAGGCUGCCCUUCAGGCUGGGGCCUUUGGCUGUACCAUCAGUGGCGCUGGCCCCACCGCCGUUGCCGUCAUCGAUGAUGAGUCUACCGGACAUGCCAUUGCCCAACACAUGAUUCAAGCCUUUCUCAGCCACGGCAAUUUGAAGGCUUCUGCAAAAGUCUUGCAGCUCGAUCGCCUUGGUGCUAGACGCAUUCUAGAUUGACUUCUAUCUCAGUGCCUUCCUUCUAAUGAAUCUAGAAGAUUUCAAAAAUUGGAUUUCUUUCACUUCCCCGGGACACAACUAGUGCUGGCUCAUAAGUGUAUCUGAUAAAGGAAAAGCAGCAGUCUGGUGUGGAGGUCUAAAUAAAAAGAGAAACAUAAACCAUGGGAGCUGCUGCAUUUGGGUGGCGAUAAUUUAAAUACAUGAAUAAUUAUGAAAGAACUAGAUCAGGUCAGUGUUAUGGCGAGCCCAAAGGUAGGUUUUAGGUUUUCUUUGAUUAUGUUUUCUUUUUCUACUCGCUACUUGGAACCUUUUUGUCUUUCUAGUUACUCCUGGUUUCAUUGUGUUAAUCUUGCUUUUCAGUAGCAUGUAAAAUGUUUUUCACUAAUUGUUCUGUAGUACUUAUAUUUGUCAUUUCAAUGUCAAUUUUCCCUUUUUCCUA